AUGGACCUGAUCCCAAGCUUUUCCAUGGAAACCUGGGUUCUCCUGGGAAUAAGCCUGGUGCUCCUCUAUCUAUAUGGGACCUAUUCACAUGGAUAUUUUAAGAAGCUGGGAAUUCCUGGGCCAACACCUCUGCCCUUUUUGGGAAAUCUUUAUAAUUAUCGCCAGGGUUUUUUUAAUUUUGAUGCAGAAUGUUAUAAAAAGUAUGGAAAAACAUGGGGCCUAUAUGAUGGUCGACAGCCUGUGUUGGUUAUUACGGAGCCAAGCAUUAUCAAAACAGUGCUCAUCAAAGAAUGUUAUUCUGCCUUCACUAACCGGCGGAAUUUUGGUCCAGUGGGAUUUAUGAAAAAAGCCAUCUCCUUGUCUGAGGACGAAGAGUGGAAGAGAAUAAGAACACUGCUGUCUCCAACCUUCACCAGUGGAAAACUUAAGGAGAUGUUCCCCAUCAUUAACCAGUAUGGAGAUGUGUUGGUGAAAAACAUGAGACUGGAAUCAGAGAAGGGCAAGUUUAUCAACUUGAAAGACAUCUUUGGGGCCUACAGCAUGGAUGUGAUCACUGCUACUUCAUUUGGAGUGAACAUCGAUUCCCUCAACAACCCACAAGAUCCCUUUGUGGAGAAAGUCAAGAAGCUCUUAAAAUUUGAUUUCUUUGACCCUUUGCUUCUCUCAAUAACAAUCUUUCCAUUCCUUACUCCAAUUUAUGAGGCAAUGAAUAUCUCUAUGUUUCCAAAGGAUGUCACAAAUUUUUUAAAGAAAGCUAUAAACAGAAUGAAAGAAAGUCGCCUCCAAGAGAAACAACAGCAUCGGGUGGAUUUUCUUCAGCUUAUGAUAAAUUCUCAGAAUUCCAAAGAUGUGGAGUCUCAUAAAGCCCUGACUGAUCUGGAGCUUGUGGCUCAAUCAAUUAUCUUCAUUUUUGCUGGCUAUGAGACCACUAGCAGUGCUCUUUCCUUCAUUUUGUAUGAACUGGCCACCCAUCCUGAUGCCCAGACCAAAUUGCAGCAGGAGAUUGAUGCGGCUUUGCCCAAUAAGGCACCUGCUACCUAUGAUACCGUGUUACAGAUGGAGUACCUGGACAUGGUGGUGAAUGAAACUCUCAGGUUGUACCCAAUUGCUGGCAGACUUGAGAGGGUCUGUAAGAAAGAUGUUGAAAUCAAUGGAGUGCCCAUUAGGAAGGGAACAGUGGUGAUGAUGCCAAGCUAUGUUCUUCAUCGAGACCCACAGUACUGGCCAGAGCCUGAGGAGUUCCAUCCUGAAAGGUUCAGUAAGAAAAACAAGGACAGCAUUGAUCCGUACAUAUACAUGCCCUUUGGAAAUGGCCCCCGAAACUGCAUUGGCAUGAGGUUUGCUCUCAUGAACAUGAAAGUUGCUCUUGUCAAAGUAAUGCAGAACUUCUCCUUCCAAACUUGUAAGGAAACACAGAUUCCCCUGAAAUUAAGAGAUCUAGGACUUCUUCAACCUGAAAAGUCCAUUAUUCUGAAGGCUGUGUGCAGAGAUGGGACAAUAAGUGGAGCCUGA